UCUCCGUUUCUCCAUUGUUACAUCGACAAGCCAUGGAAACUCCAUACCCAAUACCCAUAACUCCCUCGCACACGCGCAUAGGCUGGAUCGGCAUUGGUAUAAUGGGAUCCGCCAUGGCUGCUAGAAUCCUCGACGCCGGCUACUCAGUGGUCGUCUACGCUCGCAAUCCAUCGAAAGCCCAAGCUCUGCUAGCCCAAGGCGCCCACCUCGCGAGCUCCCCGCAAGAGCUCGCCGAGCGAAGCGACGUCGUGUUCAGCAUCGUGGGCAACUCGCAAGAUGUUCGAUCCCUGGUCCUGGGCCCAGCCGGCGUCCUUUCCGGCCUCAAACCCGGCGGAGUCGCUGUCGACAUGACCAGCAGCCACCCUGCUCUGGCGCGCGAAAUUUUCACCGCCGCGCGGGCCAAAGAGUGUUGGUCGGUCGACGCGCCUGUUUCUGGCGCUGACGUUGGCGCUAGAGAAGGAAGGCUGGCAAUCUUUGCCGGCGGCGACGGUGGGGUGGUUGCUUGGUUGAUGCCGCUGUUUAAGAUAAUGGGGAAAGUGACCCACAUGGGGGAUUCUGGGUGUGGACAGAGCUGCAAGAUAGCGAACCAGAUUACCGGAGGGGCUAACUUGGUGGGGCUGAGUGAAGGAUUGGUAUUUGCAGAGCGAGCAGGACUGAAUCUGGGGCAGUUUUUGGAGGCGAUAAAGGAUGGGGCUGGCGGUUCAAGAGUGAUGGAGUUGUUUGGGAAGAAGAUGAUUGAGGAUGACUUCAGACCUACUGGAUUUGUUGAGUACAUUGUCAAGGAUCUGGGAAUGGGGUUAGAUGUGGUGGAGGAGAAUGAAGAAGAUGAUAGAGGAAGAGUGGUUGUACUGCCUGGUGCUGCUUUGAACAAGCAGUUGUUUUCCGGAAUGCUAGCUAAUGGAGAUGGGAAGCUCGGCAUCCAUGGCGUCAUCACUGUCAUUAAGAGACUCAAUGGCAAAAGUUAAUUUGGACAACGAAAAAAAAUUCAGUUGUCGGGUUCUGGGUAAUGAAAAAAAUAACUAGUACUCAGUUCCAUCAAUGGCAAAAAAAUGAAAAAGAAGAAAUUUUUAUGGGUUUUUUCACCAGAAUUUUUCACCAGGUAUCUGCUUCAUGAUUCUUGCUCGUCUUUAAUCUUCUUCUUUUAUCAGCAAUGCCCAAAACUGAUAGCCAAGUUACAAGUUUUAAACUUAGCAAUCUGCAUCUUGAAAACUAAGUCGAAAGUGUUCAUUUGUGAAACAUUAUAAUUCUUG